CCAAUUUCGCGCAUCGGUUUACUGCCCGCUAUCUUUACGAACCACCAUUUUCAUUUAAUUGUAUCACCAGGCCAUCUGCUUGUGAUUUUGUGCAUACUAUGGCAACUAAGACGCUGACUCAAUCUCCUCGUUCGCACAGAUUCGAAUCGCAUGUCGGAUUCGACAACGUGCCUCUGGGCGAAUCCACUGAAUGGAACCCGAUAUCCUUUACGCUCAAUUACAGACACGCCGGCUUCCAGUUCACGCCUCGGACACGCACCUUUAUGGUUGGUGUUGACGACAAUGCGUAUUCGGAUCACGCCCUACAAUGGUUAUUGGAUGAACUAGUCGACGAUGGCGAUGUCAUCGUCUGUGUACGGGUGAUUGAGACGCAGACACGGUUGACCAACAAGGCAUAUCAGGACGAUGCCAAGGCUCUGAUGGAAUCCAUUCAGUCCAAAAACUUGAAGAACCACGCCAUCGGUCUCACCCUCGAAUACGCCGUCGGCAAACUGCACAACACCUUCCAGCAUCUGAUCAAGAUACAUCAGCCGUCCAUGCUCAUCGUGGGAACCAAGGGACGGAGUCUUGACGGUGUCCAGGGAUUCAUCGUCAAUCGCAAUUCGUUCUCGAAAUACUGUCUGCAGUAUUCCCCUGUUCCUGUCGUCGUCGUGCGUCCUACUGAGAAGCGCGAGAAGAAGAAAGCUAAGAGGAAACAAGACCCUGCGCGACACAGCUAUGUUACCAUGCUGGCAGGGCAGAAACACGAGGCAGAUAGCGACAACAGUAGUAUGUAUGAGAUGGAGCCCAAGCUCACUCAAGAAGAGGAAGCGCACCAAGUUGCCGCAGCGAUGGGGCUCCCCGCCGCUUACGAUCCCACCAUCAAGCCGAUUGACCCGCAAGCACUGCUCGGACGUGGCGGUAAUCGCCGGUCCCUCUUCGACGUGCCCUCGACAGCGGAAGCUGUGGCGCUGGCGGCAAGUGGUCGUGUGCCUGCCAACCGCAUUUACAAGAAGGGCGUUGAGAGUGACGGCGAGGAAUCCGAGUACGAGGAGGAAUUCGAGAUCACGCCCGCGGAGCAGGAACUUAAGAAGGAGCGACUUCACAAGAUGGAGUCGAACGAGGGUGCCGCACUCCGCAAGGAAAUGAGGAAGAGGAGGACAGACUCCAUCGAUGAGGAAGACGAGGACGAGGAUGACAUCAAUGGUGGGGGAGCCAAGACGGGGAACGGCUAGGCUUGAACGAAUGGGGAAGUGCACGAGCUGUUACAAACACACACUCGCUUUGCUUGUUCGCGGUAUGGAUGAAGCACGAAGAUCGACGGUUUUCACUAUGAACCGCACCUAGCACUUGUGAGCCAUUCGCUGGGGUUGCGAAAUUGUCGCGCGACCGGAUAUGGAUAUGCCGGGUUUGAAGGGGCAUACCACGCCGAAAGCGAUUGGUAGCGUAAUGUUAUUUUAAGGCCUGACUUGGGGGCAUUCUGGAGCGGCUCAGCCGAUCAAACAAUCUGCUUAUGCAGAGUGAGUCUACUCUGGAUGUUAUACAUGUAUCUGCACAGAGCACUGAAAUGAAAAGAAUAUUCCUCCACUUGGAU